AUGUCCAUUAAGUUAGUCGUUGGAGGGCUCACCUUGAAUAUUAUUAGUACCUACGCACUACAAGUGGGGUUGGAAAAGGAGAUAAAAAGGCGUUUUUGGGAGGACUUGGACGAAGUGGUAGUAAAUAUACCGCCUACUGAGAAGUUAUUCAUAGGAGGAUAUUUUAAUAGGCACAUUAGGUUUGUUUCGACGGGCUAUGAUGAGGUGCAUAGAGGAUUUGGCUUUGAGAACAGGAAUGGUGGAGGAGUCUCACUCCUGGAUUUUGUAAAAGCUUUUGGAUUAAUGGUAGCCAACUCGAUUUUCUCGAAGAAAGAGGAACACUUGGUAACCUUCUGUAGCUUAAGGGCUACUGUGCAAAUAGACUUUUUGCUUCUUAGAAAAGAUGAUAAAGGCCUCUAUAAGGAAUGCAAGGUCAUACCAAGUGAGAAUCUUACAAUCCAACAUAAGCUAUUGGUGAUGGAUUUGGAGAUAAGAAGGAAGAAGAAGAAGAGGGUCAUGGAUGACCGAUCGAGGAUUAGGUGGGGUAGUUUGACUCCGUGUAGUUCCCUAGAGAUGGGGGAGAAGCUGAUGGCUAUAGGGGCAUGGGAUAGUAGGGAGGAUGCGAGCAGUAUAUGGGAUAGGACGGCCAACUGCAUUAGGAAAGCAACUAGAGAAGUAUUGGGGGUCUCACAAGGCUGUAGUGGUGGUCACCGAGGGGAUUAG